GAAACUGCCUGUGGAGAAAAACAGUUCCAGUAUACAGCUCAAGUGCAGUAUAGAAACGUUAAUUUUGUUAUUUUUACGUCUUAUAAUUAUUACCGAGCUUUCGAAAAGCUCCGGCUAUUUAUACAGUAAUAAACAGAGUGACUGCUGUGUUGUAGUUUAGUACCACGAGUUAAUUAUUUGAAUAAAACAUGGCGGCGUCCUUGAGCAGCUUAGGAAACGUGAGGGUGCUGAGCGCCUUAGCUUGGUCCAGCUCAUUGUGCAGCUUCUCUGGAAGCAGGGGCCUCCAUGUUACUGUGUCGUGCUGCAAGAAUCGAGCCGCUCGUAUCCGAGUAGGGAAAGGAGACAAACCUGUGACCUAUGAGCAAGCGCAUCAUCCUCACCACAUUGGCCACCGCAAAGGAUGGCUGUCACAGCACACCAGUAACCUCAAAGGAGAAGAUGGGGCAGCUGAACGCACUGUAGAAGAUGUCUUCAUUCGGAGGUUCAUGUUUGGGACGUUCCACGGGUGCCUGGCCAAUGAGAUUGUCAUCAAAAGGCGUGGCAAUUUGCUGAAUGUGUGCGCAGUGAUGCUACAGAAGUUACCACCACAGAAGUUUUACUUCCUGAUUGGCUAUACAGAGUCACUGCUGUCACACUUUUACAAAUGCCCUGUCAAGUUAGAGAUUCAGACCCUGCAGGAUAAGAUUGUGUACAAGUACCUCUGAUUAAACUGUCCGUAAUCUUUUUCUCUGUAGAUAGUAGAUGUGCUAACAGUUUCUACCUUUUUGAUUUUUGAAAAAUGAAUGAGCAGAUUUCAAAUAUUUGUUUUAUUUAUGUCCUCAAAAGGGUUUUAAGUUAGGAGAGAGGAGAUCACUGUUGUUAUAAAAUUAGCUGGUGAAACCUGUUGCAUUUUCUACAAAAUGCUCAUCAAUUUUUGUUCCUGAAGUUAAAUAAAUGACCAAAACUUUGAAUUCUAAGAGAUACUUUAUAGUGCUGGUUUGCAAAGGAAAUUGACAUAACUGCACAUAUUUAUUGAGUAUUUAAAAUGUGAAAACACAUCAAACACUGUGUCAUCAGCAGAUUUACAGACAGGUGACAAAAGAAAUACUUGAACCUCUAAUCCAGAGCUCUGGGAUGCUGUGUGGCAAUGUUGUUGUCGUGAUUUGGAUUCACCUCUCCUUUUAAAGGAGAGUGUCGAUCUGAUCACCUUUAUCCUAUGAAGAAACAUUUCUACCAUGAGUGGGUUGUUUUUCAGCAAUGGAAACGCCACCAUCCAUCCAUAUCUUUUUAAAGAAUGAUGUUGCAUUUUUUGCUUUCUUUUCAAGAUCAUUUGGUCGUUCGUUACAUGAUCGUUAGAUGAGGUGUGGAGUAGGAGUGACAGAGGGGUUCAUAGUCGGGGUGAGAUUACAGAGAUAUCAGGGAUGGCUCUGAGUCCCUUCAUGUUUGCAAUGCUGAAUGACAGGUUGACAGAUGAGGUCAGGCCGAGCCUCUAUGGAAUGUGAUGUUUGCAGACGACAAAGCGAUCUGACCUUUUUUAAAAAAAUCUUUUUUGAUGAUUAAAUUAUUUUAAUUUGCACACAGAAACAAAAUUAUUUCACAAAAAACAGAAAAAAUAGGUCAGAGCUCUAGUUUUUUCUCAUCUGACCAAAGGAUGUGCUUCCAGUAUGUAUAAUAUUUCUCAGUUUGUAUUUGGCAUACUUCCAUCUGGCUUCAAGAUGCCUCCUCUGUGGUGAAGUUUUUCUUGGUCUUCAGCUUCAUAGUCCAGUCCUCUGCAGGGUUCUAGUGGUUGGUCUUGUUUUAGACUACAGUCUUUAGAAACAUGUCUCAUUAGUUUUCAAUCCAGAGUCUUUAAUUAAUUCCUCUUCUAUUAUGACCUCCAAAGCCACAUGCUAACACAACACUACCUGAACUUAAAUCUCAAAGGUUGAUUAUCUUGCUAAUGGUGUUCCAUCUUCACUGUGUGAAAUAAGGCAACACAUCAGAGAUGCUUGACUGACUUGUAUAACUCACAAAUGUGCAUUUAAGGUGUAAUGUUAAAGUCUUUUUAAAAAGUCCUCUGCAAAACUAGGACAUCUUACUGAAACUAACAUAAGUAAAGGGAGAAUAGCCCCAGGUUUAUUUUCAGUUCUGUAGCCAGGCUAAGAAAAGAAUCAGCGCUCAGUUAUGCCAAAUGUCAACCUUGGUGUAAGCACAGGUAACUCUACCUGACACACCUCUGACGAGCUGAUCAAAACACUUUGUCAGGUUUUAGGAAUUACCUGAUAAACCUGGAGGGGAAUUUCAGCUGGCCACCUAGGCCAGCUAUAAAAUGUACACUUUUUCCCCCAAGGAAAUUGACUUGAACCUACCAUAACGUCACAUUAAGAAGGAAACCUACAAAAAAGUGCAUUUAAAUGUUUCAUUUAAUUUAAUCAGUUUCAUCACAGUACAGAUUUGUUCACAUUUUAAAGGCACAUGCACCUCAUCAGUGCGAACAUAAGGCUAACAGGA